UCACCAGAAACUCUGGGAAGAUCUUAUUCCUGGAGAGGAUCUACCAUCCCCGCCUGCAAGCGUUCUGCUUGCUCUGCUCUCUCACUCCUUCCUCCGUUUCCUGUGGGAACUGGGAAAAAGGCUGGCUCUUCUCCUGGAGGAAUUGGGAUUCUUUCUGAGGUGCGGGCUUCGUUCUCCCGGGGUCCAGCUCGCUUACCCCUCUCUGAACAGGGUCGGCUUCGGAAGUUACCAGGCGGUUUCCAGUGGAGAGAUCGAGUUAUUCAGCCCCUCAGGAUGCUGCUGAUCCGCACCCCAGUGAUGCUGCAGGCCCUGGAGAGAUCUCUGGAGAAGGGCAUCCCCGAAUCCCUAAAGGUCUAUGGUACCAUGUACCACAUGAAUCGGGGGAACCCCUUUAACCUGGAAGCUCUGGUGGACAGGUGGCCGGAUUUCCACACCGUCAUCAUUCGCCCCCCGGAGCAGGAGAUGACAGACGACUUCGAUCACUACACCAACACUUACCAAAUCUACUCCAGGGACCUGGAGACUUGUCAAGAAGUCCUGGAAUUGCCAGGGACAGUCAACUGGAAGCAAAGUCUACAGUUCCAAGGGCUCCAGCCUGGUUUGGAGAAGGUGAUCAGAAAGGUUGCAGCCUCUAAGUCCGUCCAAGUGCAAACCACAGACACGAUCCUGUACAUCAACCCGGAGACCCUGAAGAGGCUGGCCCCUUCCUUGCUCCAGAGGGAUCAUGCCAACAAGUUACCGCUCAAAACAUCAAGACCCAAGAAGGAAAUCGACGAAGGGAAGUUCAAACCCUCGACCAUGGAGGUCGACAACGCGGGCCUGGUGAACGGGCUGUGGAGUUUCGGUGGGAACGAGAGGAGCCUGAGAUUCAUCCAGCGCUGCAUCCGCCAUUUCCCCAGCCUCUGCCUGAGCGGGCCCGAGGGGACCCCGGUCUCUUGGAGUCUCAUGGAUCAGACGGGAGAGAUGCGGAUGGGGGCCACCCUGGCCGAGUACCGCAACAAGGGGUUCAUCUCGUACGUCGCCUAUCACCUGACUCAAACGCUCCUUGCCCGAGGCUUCCCGCUCUACUCUCAUGUGGCCCGAGACAAUCCCUACAUGCACAGGAUGUGCCAGGCCAUGGGGAAUGUAUCCAUUCCCUGUGGCUGGCACCAGUGGAACUGUGUGCCACUUGCGAGCUCCCGCUGAAAAGAAAAAAGUCCCGUGGGUGUGUUGAGGACGGGGAGGGGAAGGAGUGUGUCGAACAAGGCCCGGGGGGCAGGGGGGCAUCUGGAAGUGUGGAUGGAUUGACCAACCUAACACUGUCUUCUUUGUACUUGACCAUCCGGGAAAAGGCCGAAUAAAGCUGGAGCGCUGGGAAUAUUCAAAGA